GGUUCUUAUUGCAUUCAACUACAGAAGGGAGACUUUCUUUGACAGAUGUACCGGAUGCCAGAUAUAAAACAUUGCUUCCAACUCUGUCGAAGCAAUAUGGCCGUGAUUCUAUCUGCGUCAUUGCAUACCUUGUGAAGAAUUUGAAGAAGCAUACUUAUCAAACCCGCCUUCAAAUGAUGAAAAACAACCAGCCAACGGUUUUCAAGAUGUCAAGCUGUGUCAUUUUCUGUGGAAAAUUGGAGGAUAUCUUUCCUCAUGACUUCGAUCAACUCAAGAAAUUCGUAACAAAUCAGUGGGAAAGAAUUACAAAACAGCAAUGGCAAGAUAGUUGGUUUCCACCAUCAAAGGAGACUCAACCAAAUGACACCACACGCGCUAUCAAAUACGAUGCAGCAACAGACAACAGGAAGAAAUCUAGAAGAGAACCUCGCGGUCAAGGUGAUCAAGAGUCAUCACUGAAAACAGGCCAAACAGGCAAUGAGGACAGAAGCACCAAUGGGCAUGAGUCAGGGCAAGGCAAUCCCCAUCAAGUGGAUUCGGCAACAGACAACAAGGCAGAAUCUAGAAGAGAACCUCGCGGUCAAGGUGAUCAAGAGUCAUCACUGAAAACAGGCCAAACAGGCAAUGCGGACAGAAGCACCAAUGUGCAUGAGUCAUGGCAAGGCAAUCCCCACCAAGUGGAUUCGGUGAGCCAGAUCGCAUUUGCAUUUUAUACGAGACAGCAGGCCAUUUAUGUUGUUUAA